UGGGGAUUGUAGUUUCUCCGGGCCGCCGUGACUCGAUCCGCACACUGACGCAGUCCGCUCCCGGAGGACGGAGCGGCCCGGUCGCCGGCAUGGUGUUUCCGUCCUGCUGCGGCCGGCGGGAGGCAAUCCGGCCAGGCGCCCGUUAGCUACGGCGGCGACCCAGACGGGGAAAGUGGAAGGAAUGCCGCGUGCUGCAUGGUUCUCAGAGUGUGGGUCCCUGACCAGCAGCAUCAGCAUCACCUGGGAACAUGUUCAAAAUGCACUUUAUCAGGCCGGGCCAUGCCUGUAAUCCCAGCACUUUGGGAGGCCCAGCAAGCAGACAGCCAGUGUGGAAGAAUGGCGGUGAGCCACUCAGUAAAGGAGCGGACCAUCUCUGAGAACAGCCUGAUCAUCCUACUGCAGGGCCUCCAGGGCCGGGUAACCACAGUGGACCUGCGGGAUGAGAGUGUGGCCCACGGACGCAUAGACAAUGUCGAUGCUUUCAUGAACAUCCGCCUAGCCGAAGUCACCUACACGGACCGUUGGGGGCAUCAGGUCAAGCUGGAUGACCUCUUUGUGACAGGCCGCAAUGUCCGUUACGUCCACAUCCCAGAUGAUGUGAACAUCACCUCCACCAUUGAGCAGCAGCUGCAGAUUAUCCAUCGUGUGCGGAACUUUGGUGGCAAGGGCCAAGGCCGGUGGGAAUUUCCCUCCAAAAACUCUAAGUGACGCCCUCAGCAAGCCUGGCCCCAACUCAGGUUCCUCUGGAGCCAGCUCUCUGCCCUCACACCCUGUCCGGAACCUGAGAAGAGAGCAGGGCCGGCCCAGAAGCUGGUGUCCAACAGACACCACCUGUCAAAGCUGCCUUUCACAGGGCUCCACCUCCCAGACUCAGUCUGGGACCCAGAAUCCUGUCUAUCUGUGGCCUUGGGGUAGGUGACAAUCCCCCUUUUUGAUGAUCUGAAUCUCUGACUUCUUGAUUAUGUAAUCUGUCAAGUAGUUUUCAGUUCUCUCAGUGAGGAUAAUUAAAGGUGCUCAGCCUGA